AUGAAUAGAAAAAAUUAUAAUAAUUAUUUUGAAGAAGAGGAAGAAAGAGAUUUUAGGAGAUAUCAGCUCGAUGAAGAUAGCGAAUUUGAGUCUAGGUUAGAGGCAAAAAACAUUAUAAAGGCGUUCAUUUAAACAGAAAACGAUGCUGAAGAAAUCAAAUCAAAAGCAUUGAAUAAAAAACCAUCUUAUUGGAAAGAUUAAAAAGACAAUAAAACCGAUCAGCUAUUUAAUAGGAAAUUAGAUGAUGAUAUAGAAUUGGCUUUAGAUAUUAUAAAUAAAAGGAGAGAUGUUCCUAAAUAACCAGAAAAGGAUAAUGUUUUAUUGAAUAUGGAAUUAAGGCAUGCUAAAAUUAAACAAAUGAAAGAAGAUAGAAUCAAAUAAAAACAAGAGGCUGAGUUGAGUAGGUUGUAAGCUCAGGCUUAAAAGUUUAGACCACCAUCAGCUAAUGCAUAAAAUAAGUCAUCAAAUAGAGGAAAUGCAUCGCUUUAAUCUAGUACUCAAAAGAGUUAAGCUAGCAACGAUUGGGAAAAUUAGUCACAAUAAAGUAGACCUUCUACAAAGCAAUCACAAUUAAAUUAUUAAAAUAGCAGAUAAACAUUUUAAACUCAAUCAGGAGUUUCUUUGAAUAACUAUUUACAGAAUGAAAUGUCACUAACUGAUUUGGCUUAGACUAGCCAGUAAGGAGGAAAUCCAAAAAAUGAAAUUUAAGUGCUUAAAAAUAAACGCUAAAAUUUGGAAGUUCAAUCAAAGAAAAUGGAGGAAGAUAUGAAAAAAAUGAAGGAAAACUUAAGAAAAGAGCUGUUUUAAAAUAAUGAUUCGUCAAUGAUUUCCAACAGGAAUGGCGGGUCAAAUAUAAAUGAAACAAUCGAUUACUUGCAGAAAGAAGCUGACGAAAGUAGGAUGAAAUACAAUUAAUUUAGGUUGCAAAAGCUAGUAAAAGCUUAUAAUUUUGUUCUAAAAAGAUACAAAAGACUUUUUUAUAACCAAGUUUUUGAAAGUCUCAAGCAAAAAAAUAGAGAAUAUAUCAGACAUGAGCAGCAAUGUAUUAACAUUAUGAGAUUGAAGAAACUCUUUGUAGUUUUUUCUAAUUGGAAAAAGUAUCUUUACUCGUAAAAGGACGAGAAGGAUGUCAAGUUUUAUUUAUAAGAAAAAAUUCAUGAAAACACAUUCUUGAAUAGGGCUGGAGAAUAUUAUAAAAGAAGAUUAAUAAGAAUUUGUUUGAGGCACUGGAAAAAAUACUGGAAAAUUUGCAAAUAAGAAUAAAAACUAAAUGAAGAAAAGAAUAAUCUGAAAUAUAAAAUUAAGGGUUUUAUAUCAAAUUUAAAGCAGAAUAUAUAGCAAUCUGAGACUGAGGUUUAAAAUUAAAAAGAAUAGCAUAAAUAGAGAGUUAUUGAAUAAUUUUUAAGGUUGAAUGCAUCUUAGAAUUAGCAAAAUAUUUAAGAAGAAGAAUAGGAUGAAUUUGCUGAGGAAUAAUUAUAUGAAGACUCUUAAUAAGAAUUAUAAAAAUAAAUGAAUUAAUAAGUUUGUGAAUAAAAAAAUCAAACUAACAAGGUAGGAAAACCUAAUUAGAAUGCUAAAUAAUAAAAUAUUAGGCAAGGCCCAGAACGAAAUACUUUAAGGUCAAGUAUAGUUUCUUAGAAUUCUGCAUAAAGUGAUUAUAAACCAACAAGAGAUAAUAUAAAAAAUAAUGAUAAAAGUCCAAAUAUAGUCAAAAAUAGUAGAAUUUAAUCGAGCAGCAAGGAAAUAAAAGGGACACCAUAGAAAAAUUAAAGCUUACAAAAUAGUAAUAGGUCACCAAUUUAGAAAUCUCCUUAAACUACUAAUGGUAAUAGAUUGCCAAUUAGCAAAUACGAUAAUAGACACUAAAAUAAUAAAUAGUAUGAAUAUUAGCAAUAACAAUAAUAGUAUUAGUCUCCUUAAAAUGAGAAGGAUUAGUAGUAUUAUGAUCAAGAUUAUGAAGAAAAUUAUGAUAAUGAUGAUGAAGCUAAACAACAAGAAUAAUACUCUUAUUAUGAUUAAAACGAUUAUGACUAGGAAGAUAAUCAGCAGUAUUAUGAUGAAGAAUAUCAUGAUGAUGAUGAUGAAAAUUAACUUCAAAGCUAAAAUUAUGAUGGACAUGAAAGUAUUAUGACAGAUAUUGCAAGGAGCAGAGUUCCUUAGCCAUCACAGUCAGAUUAAUAAUAAAUUACAUUUAGAUAAAAUUAAUAAUCAAAAUCACCGAAUAUGAGAUAAAAUUCUAAGGGUCAUAAUGAGUCUCAAAUGUCAGGAUAAACUAACAAAGAAAAAGAGAGAGAAGAAAGACUCAGAUAAAUUCAGCAGAGAAAUGAGGAUAGGAAAAAGAAAGCUGAAGAGUUCAAAAAAAAGCAUGAAGAGCUGAGAAAGUAGAAAGAAGAGGAAAAGAAAAGGAAAGAAUUAGAGGAAAUCGAAAGAGAAAGAGAAAAAAGAAAAGAAGAGUUUGAAAAUUACCAAAAAAAGAAAAGAGAGGAGAAAGAGAAAAAGGAAAAAGCUGAAUAGGAAAAGAAAUAACUUGCAGAAAAACUUAUUUUAGCGAAAAAUCAUCAUUAAAAAUCUAUUUAAAAAUAUUAUGGCUUUAAGCCUUGGUCAAAGUUUAUGGAAUUUUAAGAGCAUUUGAUUGUAGUGGCAAACUAAUUCAGCUAUAUGAGAAUUCUUAAAAAUGGCUUGCAAUAUUUAUAAUAAGCCACUAAGCUCAGCAAAUAGCUUUUUAAGUAAGAAAUGGAAUUUAAGGAGGAAAGAGCAAAAAAGCAUUAUCAAAAAGUAGUUUUAAAGAAAGGAUUUGAAUUAAUUCAAGGAUUUAGCAAAUAGAGUAAGGAAGAAGCUGAGGUUUAUAGAUAGUAAAGAAUUGAUUACUUAAAGAGAACUGUUUUCUAUAAAUGGAAUGAUGUUCUUACUACUUUGAGAAAUGAAAAUGUUGCAUUUGAAGAAUAAUAUAAAUAAAUCAUUAUUUAAUUUAGAAAAGUGGUCCUUUAAGAAAGAUCAUUUAGAUCAUGGAAAUAAUGCAUAAAUGAAGAAAAAAUAGAAAGAAUUAAAGCCUAGUAAAAAAAUGAGCUUAGAAGCAAAGCAAAUUAGUGGCUAAGUGAGUUUAAAUCUUCUAAAAAUAGCAACACUGAAAAUUCAGAUUAAUAAUAAGAUAGUGAAGAUAAGCUUUCAGAGUAGUUAAGAAACUCUAACUUUGAAGAUAUAAAUAAAUCUCAAGUUAAAAAUGAAGCUCUUAAAAAAUACUACAAUUAAAGGAACAGGAUUCUGCAAUAGAAAGAAGGCAGAGACAAUUUGCUAGAAUAAGAUUAACACUUGAAAGAAAGAGAUUAUGAUGAUGAAGAAGAUAAUGAUGAAUAAUAAGGAAAUAAAGGUUACGAUCAUUAUUAAACUAAUAAUGAUGGAUAAGAUCAAUACAAUCAAGAAGAUGAAAAUGAGCAAUAUUAAUAAAGUAGUGAGCUAUAUAAAUAAGAAAAUGGAGAAUAUAGCGAUUAGGAAGAUGGAUAUUAAAGCAUAUUUAAGAAUCAUUAAAACAUGAAAGCAAUUAAUGAAAACAAAAAUUAUGAUCUUCCUCUAGUUUAGGUUUUACAAAAUACAAACGAACUCUAAGAGAAGUUAGCUAGAAAUAAUUCUAAAUCAAAGAAUAUUCAAUCAAAUAAAUGA